ACGUGGUCAGUAUUUUUUCUAGAAAAUUUCAAAGAUGUUCAGUGCAGUGUUUUUCUUGGUCUUCUUAGGCCAGGUCCUUGGUUCAAAAGUCGGUAUUCUGCACAUGCAUGGAAUAAUGGAAAGCUACAAGCAGCAUUUUGGAUUCAAACAGUUCAUUGAAAAAGAGACUAGGAUCCCAGUGCACCUGAUCAAUGCUUACAAUGGCAUUACCAGUAUUACCCCCAUCAAAUACCAAGCGAAGGACAUAUUGAAGGAUGUAAAAGAAAUUGCGUCCCAAUACGACCAGAUCAUUGCAGUGGGCUACUCACAGGGAGGCAUUAUUUGGCGCACCAUGAUAGAAAUGUGGGAGGAUCACAAUGUGGUCCUCUUCAUCUCUCUAGCUUCUCCUCAACAUGGUGUUUAUGGUACUCCUCCUUUGUUGGAAAUGUUCGUGCCUUUCUUGGACAUGUUUUCUCGCAGUAAGACAAUAUAUAAGAUCGGAUACUCCAAAUUCGGCCAAACAUUGAGCCUUUUUAACUACUAUCUUGACCCAACACAUUACAAACUCUCCUGAAAGGAAACAAGUUUUUUCCCUGAACUUAAUAACGAGACUGGAACUGCCGCUGAAAAAGAGCUAAGAAAGAAAAACUUUCUGAAAUUGUCCAAAUUAGUUUUAAUUGGAGGACCAGGUGAGAACGUGAUCGACCCCUGGCAAUCCACAGUAUUUGGGUACUACACAAAGUAUGGAUUCGAUAAAGGAAUGAUCCCGAUGGAAGAAUCUAGAUUCUUUGUUGAGGAUUUGUUUGGGCUGAGGAGUUUGGCAGAGAGAGGAGAUCUAAUGAAGUGUGUCUACCCUGGCAUUGAUCACUUAAAGUUCAGGGACGACCCUAACAUGCUCAGAAGAUGUGUCAUUCCUGCUUUGAGACCAUACUAUAAUUUAGUGUAA